CCCCAGACACCCCAGAAAGUCCCAACAACAAAGCUCCCAGCAUACUACUCGCUCGCACCCAGCAUCCCCUCCCCCUUCACAGGGAGCCUGGAAACAAGCCUCGAUGCAAUCCUCGCCUUCGGCCAACUCUACGCCGCAAUCCCGGGUGUCACACCCCUCAUCACCAAGCUCCUCGAGCCCGUAUCCACGGACACAAACUGGGCGGCCAUCCUAUCAGCGCUGGCAACAGCGACACCGCUACACGCGCGGUAUCUCAUGACGGAGCUGCUAUUCCUGGCCACACGCACACUUUUGCCCGAGCAAAUCGCAGAGAACAGGGCGAUGCUAGGCCGUCUUUACGAGCGCAAGAAACAGCUCGCGAUCCGCUUGCUGCUCCGGUACGACAUGCUGCGGGAGUGGAAGUUGGAGCCGAGCCAGUCUUCGUAUCGCGAUCAGCCUAUUACGAUUGCGUCGGCGGCGCCGGUCGCCGGGUUCGUGGCCCCGGAGCCCGUGGUCGGCGUUGCGUCGCCAAAGUAUCCGUAUCGGCGGCCGCUGCUGUUGAAUGUGAUUCCGACGUUGAUUGCGGCGCCGGUCGGGGGCUAUACGUCGCAGAGUGUACGGGAGCGCAUGAGGCAUCAUGUUACGGAGUUGGAUGCGUAUCUUAUGCUUGGGGAUGAGGAGGUGGAGAGGUGGAGUGAGGGGAGGGUGAAAAGUAAAGUGUGUUUUGUGCUGAUGCAUUGGCAGUGGUUGAGGGGGAAUAAUGCUACGUUGGAUGAUUUGGAGGUGCUUGAUUGGGAGGAGUUGGAGGGCAAGGCGGAGGAGUGCGGGUGGAUUGGGGAUGAUACGACGAGGGUU